AAAACUGCGCGAAAAAAAUGUAAACAACAUUCUACACGCAUGUCUACUAACAGAACAGAAACACAAAAUACAAAAAAAAAAACAACAAUUUUUCAUUUGACAUUUCACAGUCGAACGGGGAAAAUGCAAUAAACAAGAGAGAUAAGACGACAAAAAAAAAGGAUAUACAUUCCUCUGCAAAAAGAAGUCAAUCGAAUUCCAGAGCCAGAACAAUCUCUGGUUGGUCUUGUUGGUUUUUUGUGAUUUGUGGUCAUUCAAUAAGAAAUAAUAGCAAUCCUCUUCCAAGUGUUCUUUCAAGAUUGUAUCAAAAAAAUAAACAACAAAAGUUUUCCAAUAACAUUUCCUUUUUUUUCCAAAUUUGUCCUGCUAUGCUAAAUCUAUUUGGAACAACAAAGAAAAUGAAAGGUUACAAGGUCACUGAUAACGCUAGAACUAAAAAAUACGGAAUUGGAGCUAAUUCUUUGAAGAUGCUCUUGGACAAAGCCAAGUUAAAGUUUCCUAUAAAAGACUGCCACAUAUAUCUUUCCACCGAUGGUUUUGAAGUCUCAGACGAGGACUACUUCCAAUCACUGGAACCUCAAACGUUAUUCAUUAUUGCAGGCCCUGGUGAAAUAAUAACAACUGAUUCUGAUUUCGAAUACGAAAAAUUGCGCCAAAGAUCUCCGUUACUCAAAGUAGCUGACAUCAUUUACGAAUUUAUCGAACGCAAUCCGGAUAAAUUCAAACGCAUGAUAUGCGAAUACGAGAAAAAGAAACCACAAAUUGAUAUGGAAAAAACCCACCUGAGUUUGCGCAGCGAACAUUCCGAAUGGUUCGAAGGUCAAGAGGAACGUUGCAAUUCCAAAGAGGAAGCAAUGUCUCGCCGGGCACAAGAUCGCAUACGCAGCUACUAUUACAAAACAAAAGACGAAUUAACCCGCAACAAAUUGUAUCGUAGCAAUGCCAAGGCUCGGGUUCUGUUUGAAAGAAUUCUCGAGAAAUUCCGUUACCUCCUUAUUGGCUGUGAUUAUUUUUCAAUGAUAUUCGAUCGUAGCUGUGUGAAGAAACAUGAGUUCCUUAAAAAUGACAAUGUCGAUGGUGCUAAUGACAAUGAUGACGAUGAUGAUGAUGAAACCGAUGCCAGACCUCUGCCAAAUAAACGUUUGAAACAAAUCAUCAAAGAAUACACCUCGAAAAAUGAACUUCUUGACGAAUGGUCUGUGUCAUUAUGUUCAGAUUUGGGUGAUUUCUAUUGCCAAGGACCUUAUAGUGAAAAUCAACCAUGCAACAAGGAUCAUUGCAUCAAUCCAUAUGCUUCGAGAGAGAAUUUGAUACUAUUCCAAGUGUGGAAUCUUGAUCAUCAAAUAGAAUUGUCUCGAACAAUACUACCCUCUCUGAUACAAAAUGUUCGAGAUUUGGUUGAGAAUCCCAAUCAAAAAUGUCCCAUACAUAAGAAACGUGUUGUCGACAUUAGUGUUUUGGAGUAUUUUUUAGAGAUCUUUAGUCUUAAGAACCUAAAGUUGGUACAUAUUGUUUGUCAUGAAAAAGUUCAAAGGUCAAAUGUUUCGAAUGGACGUUUAAUUUGUGAAAACUGCCAUGAGUACAAAAUUGUUAAGGAAUUGUUGGAUGUUUCGUGUCCUGAGGAAGUUGAUGCUUGUUGAUGGUAUUGAAUUUUUUGCCAAAUGUUUAUUUUCUUUUGAAAGUGUGUUCUAUGUAAUCUAAGUCGUGUAAGUUUUUAAGGGAUUUUUCUUAUGCAAAAAAUCCGUAGUGUUGUUCUAUGGUUUCUUUUUUGGAUGGUAGAUGGUCUUUAAAAUCAAAAACUAAACAAUCUUUUUUGAUUGAAAUUAUUUAGUUCAUUAUACCUUUUUAAAAUAUUUCUUUUUUUUUCAUAUUUUUUUAAAACCUCCUGUUCCUUGUUAAAAUAUGUAUGUAUAAAAAAAUAUUUAGCAGUGAGCUAGCAAGUUUUCAAUUUGGGGUAAGCGACAAGUUUUCCGGGGACUGGGCAAUGCCACUUAACCAUUUUUUUUAUUACACUUCGACUCCCAAGUCAGAAAAAAUUGAUUGGCCUCCUUUUUUGAAAUAUUGUUAUAAAAUGCAAUAAAAAACGUCAUUUUGGCUGUUUUCGAUGUUAUAUUUUUAUGAAAUAUUCUAUUAUUAAAUUAAAACCUUUUUUUUUGCAUUUUUCUGACCUCUGAUUCUAAUUCAGCAACCUUAAAACCUUCAGAAAAGUAUAUUUUGGUUAUCGUGACAAAAAUUAUGUGAACAGUGACUUAAACUUUAGAUUAAUUUAAGUUUGUCUUUGGCUUAUUAACUGAAACUUAAGACAUCUCGAGCAAUACAAUAAAAGAGAUAUCGGCAUGAUUUUAACAGUUUUUGGAAGAAUAAAGGCACUAACAAAUUUCUUUAUAAUGAAUUACCCCACAUAAAAACAUAACCUCGAAAAUAACCAAAAUGACAUUUUUUGGUAUUUUAUAACGGUAAAAUUUCAAAAACGGAAACCGAUCAAUAUUUUCAGACUUCGAAUUUGAGUUCAGCACACCAAAAACCUAAAGAAAAGUACAUUUUGGUUCACCGUCAUCACAAGUAGCUUCGCUUUUGAUCAUAGAUCCAAGAUAUUCAAACUUUUCAAACUAGGAAAACACUGCUCAAUUCAAAUAAAUGUCAAGAAUAGGACUAUGUGGACUAGAAAAUUUAGCAACAUACAUAAGUAUUAUGUCUUUUUCAAUCUUAUGCGUUACCCAUUUCCUUUCAGAACAUCCACUCAUAUUUGCAAAUAUGUAAGAUAUUCAUUUUUCGGUCCGUCACCUUACCUUAAUGCAUGCUCCAGUUUUGUAUUUAAAAAUCCCUCUGUUACGGCACCGGUGAUCUCCAGUCGUGUCCACCCAGGAACUUCCUUUUACACUUUUGAAAAUUUUUUAACGUGGUGAGAUUUCGCUAAGUUCACCAUAGUGUUUGUGACUUAGAUGUAUUUACUCCUUUAGUCGACUUUUGCGACGAGCUGUAGUAUUAUUCUAUUGUGUUGUUAUAAAAAAAAAACAUUCUUUUAUGGUUUUAUAUUUUACAUUUAUACUUUUGGGUAAUUUGGAUUUUCAUGAUUUAAUUGUUCUGUAUAAUUAUUAAGUUAAUUAAGUUAAAUAUUUAACCUCUGUUAAAUUUUUGACACUAUUGAUGUGAAUACAAAAUUUUCAGCUGUACAAAAAUUUAACCUGCUCUUUAGCUGUGUGAAUUGGGAUAAAUUUUAGACGUGGCUAAAUAAUUUGUUUAAGCUGCAAAACAAAUCUAUAAAUCUUUACAAUAUACAAACUUCCAACAUGCGUUGUUCUGUGAAUUUUAGUUUUGUUUCUCAUGCAUUUCCAAUUUUUUUCAUCCUCAAUAAAGUGAAAUAUAUCAAAGAAUAUUAUUCUUCCCUUGAUAUACACUCAUAAUGUUUUAAUUCUUUCUCAACUUCCAGUCUUUAUUUUUAUUUUUUGAUUAUUUAUUAAAAAAAAUUUCUAAUCCUUCCUAAAUUUAUUACUGUUUUGUUUAUAGAAACCCAACUUUAGACAUGUAAAAAUUUAUUUCUUAACUUAUAUGAUCUCUUUCGGUAUUUUAUGUUUUUAAUAUAAAAAAAAAAAACAAAAAACCUUUGAUGUGCCAAAGCAUUUUUUGCCUAAUCAUUCCAUUUUAUUUACGUGUUUCCUUUAUUUUAUUUUAUUAGUUAUUUUCUAUUUCUUUAACUUCUUAAGGCCAAAAUCUUGAAUAUAAUUUAUGUAAUCGUAGUGUGAAUUUCUAUGAACAUAAAAUAUAUAUAAAAAUUAGCUUUAUAUUGUUACAUAAGUAAAAUAAAUUGUCAACUAUUAAAAUAUAUGCAAUAAUUAUACUCAAUAAAACAAGUAAAAAAAUAAAUUAACUUAAUCAGUAGAUGAAAACAAAAAAAAAUAAAUAAAUUAAAAUGUAAAGUUGUUACUAGUAGUUAAAAAUGUUUAUUAGAAAUAAAAUAUAUACAUACAAA